AUGACAAUUGUUGUUCGUAUACUCGCAUAUGGUUGUACAGCCGAUCACUAUGAUGAGUAUAUUAAAAUCGGCGAGAGCACUGCCAUUAAAUGCUUGAAGGCAUUUUGUAAUGCUAUUGUUGCUGUGUAUGUAGAGGAGUAUAUGCACCCACCCAACGAAGCCGAUAUAGCACGGCUGCUUGAAGAAGGAGAGCAGAGAGGAUUUCCGGGUAUGUUUGGUUCUAUCGACGGUAUGCACCGGGAGUGGAAGAAUUGCCCAGUGGAGUGGCAAGGCACACAUAGGAGACGAUCUGGCAAGAAAACUCUCAUAUUGGAAGCAGUUGCCUCACAAGAUUUGUGGAUCUGGCAUGCAUUCUUCGGAAUGCCGGGUUCACACAAUGAUAUAAAUAUAUUGGAUCAUUCCUCGGUAUUCAACGGUAUCGUCAAUGGCCAAUUACCUCUGGUUAAUUAUGUAGUGAAGGAACAUCACUAUAGAAUGGGGUAUUACCUGUCUGAUGCAAGGAAAGAUGUGGAACAGGCUUUUGGGGUAUUGCAGAUCAAAUGGGCAAUAACGCAAGGACCAGUGCGUUACUGGGAGAAAGAUGACUUGCGCCUUAUAAUGAAAACGUGCAUCAUCCUUCACAAUAUGAUCAUUGAAGAUGAGCGUCACGCAAAUGUUGGAAGAUGGACUCCGCCACCGGAGGAUACAAUCCCGAUUCCCAUUUUAAGUCAAUGCCCAUCGGUUUUAGCGGCACACAUAUCCUCUCGCCAACUUCAGAUUCGUAACAGAGAGACAAAUACGCAGUUGAUGAAUGAUUUGAUGGAAAAUUUGUGGAACUGUUAUGCUGAUGAAGAUGCUUAA